AUGGUGAGAGCCGGAAGAACGCCACUGAGGUAAAUAACAACGCUUUGAGUUUUGAAUGUAUCUGAUUACAGACUUUUAUGUUUGCAGUAUGGUGCUGAUCUCUGUUACACCGAAGAAAUCGUUGAUCAGAAACUGCUAGGAUCUACCAGAAUACUGAACAGUAAUGGGCCUAUUCACUCGUGAUACACUCAUUUCAAAUCAGAAAAAAAAGGAAAAAACUUUUUUUCCUGUUUUGAAUUGGGUUUUUUUCCCGACUGAAUAGGCCUAUAAGUGAACACAUGUAUUACUAUCGGGGCAUUUGAAAGUGAAUGCGCUCUAUUGCCAACGCCAAAUAGAAACAGUAAAUUCUUCCAGAAUUCAAAUGAAAAACAGUCUUUCAACCGGUAACGCUGUUUUUUCGAGUUUUUGGGAGUAUGAACAGUUUUUCCUCAAAACGUUUGCCUGACGUUUGUUCAUAUGACCGAUAGCUACAAAAUGAUCACAUUGUGCUCGUGUAAAAGGGAAAAGUUGAAAAGUCAUUUCGGUCUCAACUCUCUUGAAACUUUUACGUUUUUACGGAUCCGUAAAAAAAAUGUAUUACGCGCAGCCCUAGUGCCGAUAGUAAAUUUCCCCAUACCGAUUUUCGGGCGGUACAACAUAAUAGAACUAAGCAGAAUAUAACUGUUUUUCGGUGGUGCGCGUUAGCAUCUUGUUUUUAAAUGUUAGCGAUUGCCUAUAUUUCGAUUCAAUAAUUCGAUAGCAAGCUUCAAAAACGAUCUUACUUCAGAAAACGAUUAUUCUACAAAAAGGCGCUCCAAACGGUUCUAUUGUGUCGCGGUUCUAUUCUGCCCAGUUCUAUUAUCUUGUACCGCCGAUUUUAGAUGUAUUGGGCACAAUUGACUAUCGUAAUGGCGAUGAUAUCAUUCUACGAAUAGCACCCGAAGAAAAAGGGAAGUGCAUCUUGCAAAUAGGAACAAACAACGGUGAGAAUGCUGCUAAGAUCGCGAGGCUAGUGUAAGUAUUUUUUUUAAUACGUGUUCUCUCAAUUGCAUAAUUUCUCAGUGGUGACGAUGUUGCUGGAAUCGACGUAAAUAUGGGCUGUCCAAAACCGUUUUCAGUGCACUGUGGAAUGGGAGCCGCCUUAUUGAAACAAACUGAAAAAAUUAAAGAGGUUUCCUGAAGUUGGAGAUUGAUUAAAUCGUGAACAUUUUACAGAUUCUGAUUUCGCUAAAAGAAGCCGCCGCCGUCCCUAUUUCUUGUAAAAUCAGAGUACUCGAUACCGAAUCUGACACAUUAAAUUUGGUUCAAGAAAUCGAAAAGUGUGGCGUUUCAGCUUUAGGAGUGCAUGGUAGACGACGUGAUGAACGUCAACCAGAUCAGUGUCGUGUCAAUGAAAUUCGACAAGUUGUGCGCACAAUUCGAAAUAUCCCAGUAAUAGCAAAGUUAGAUAGCAUCUAUGCCAAAUUCGCAGUUUAUUUAAUUUUCAGUGGGCUUUCGGGAGGCAUAGAACAUUUCGAUGAUAUUGACAAAUGGAGAAAAGCCACAGAGGCAAGCAGUAUCAUGCUAGCGAGAAAAGCAUUGGCAACACCUUCAAUCUUUCGAAAGCAAGGCAUUCUCUCCAAGUUCGAAGAUAUUGAGAAUUUUCUUGACCUGGUUUACUACUUUCACUAUGUUUCCCAUGAAAGCAAAAUUAUUUCAAGGCUUGCCGUUACGAUGAGUCUUACACAAUGACGAAAUAUGUUGUUCAAAGGAUGCUCGGUGGUGAUCAGGAACGUGAUCCUCGGGGAAAAGCCACUGUUGAAGCCGGAAGUGUCUUGGAAAUUUGUCGAGCAUUCGGAAAGGAAAGCGUCUACGAAGUAAUUUUAUCUCAAAUAACUUAUUCCAUAGCUUCUACAUCAGACAUGGAAAAAAGAUCGACAGAAGAAACAAGGAUUAAAAAGGUCGCAUAUAGAUGAAGACGGAAUCUACAACAUCGACGUUUCUUUUCCACUGUGAGAUUUAUGUGCUAGAAGUUGUGCUGACUAAAAAAUUCAGGAAAAAACUGAAGAGUUCAAAAGGAUUCCUCCAAACUCCAAAAAUGAUCCUGAACGAAUAUUGUGUAGAGCAAAAAAUCUCAAAGCCUUUAUAUGAAUCGGUAAGAUCGAAAUUAGGUGGAACAAUCAUUCUUACUAAUAUAACUCUUCACGGGAUUCACAAUUCAUCUAAAUUAAUUCAUAAUUCAUAAUUCAUCUAAUUAGAUUGACACUUUGACCGAAAGCGUUAAUCUAAUGAGAAAAUAAAUCAGUUUAUUUAGAAGAAUUUACAAUCUAAUCUCAGUAAAUUAGAAAUCUAAUUAGGGCCGCUUAUAAACGCGAAUUAUUAUAGGGGCACCGGACAGAAAGGGCGCGCUGUUCGCAAUCUGGCCGAAUUUCUAGGCCGCGAAGUAAUUUUCCACUGAAAACGUGGCCUAACUUUUCAAACUCGGCCCCGAGGUCGCCCACUUUGCACUGCAAAAAGAGUUUCUCAACAGAGCGCCAUUUCUGUGCGGUGCCCCUAUAAUAACUAGCUAGAUUAAUAACGAUUUCCCUGUGACGCGCACGUGUUCAUUUAUCACUUUCUCCGUCACAACUAUUUUCCUUUUAGAAAUGAAAGUGGGGACGGACAAACAGAGAAAUAAACAAGGGGACAAACAAACAGAGGGACAAACCCUUGAAGAGUUAUAUUAAUAAGGAUGAUUCAGGGUGUGAAAAAAAAAGAUUUUUUUCCGUUUUUCCGUAAUAAUAACUCAUUUAUUCGCAUCGACCACCAGAAAAAUUUACAGAAGAAGAGAGGGAGAUAUAAAUAGUGGGUGGAGCUCCACCCACUAUUUAUAUCUCCUCCAUGGAGGAGGCAAUAAUGACUAAAAUGACCAUUGGCCGGCGGCAAUAGUUCCAAACGGUUAUAAGAAAGAAAAAAGUGGCAUCUCGGCAAAGGCACGCCACUUUUGCGCAAACUUUACGCAGCUUUUGCGCAAAGUUAGCGAAAGACAAGUUGUUUCAAUUUGAUAAGCAAUAAGACGCAUGAAAACAAGCUGAAAAAAGCAAAGAGUACUGAAAAUGCAAUGUUUUCACAACAAUUUCGUCAUGCCUUAAAGUUUGCGCAAAACCUGCAAAAACACUUAAAGUUUGCGCAAAACCUGCGAGAACACUUAAAGUUUGCGCAAAAGUGGCGCGCCUUUGCCGAGAUAGCCACUUUCCAGCUAUAGCUCGGCCCGCGCAGCGGGCCCCGGUUUCAAAAGUCUUGGUACCUUUUAAUUGUUUUUAAAUCAUCAUCACUCUUAUUUGAUGGGGCUAUUCAGCGUAUGUUCGAAAAAAAAAAAAGAAGAAAAUCAUUUUUUCACAGCCUCAAUAACCCCAUAAUAAGGAUUAUUCAGGGUGUGAAAAAAUGAUUUUCUCCGUUUUUUUACGUCAAGAAACCCAAUUCAACGAUGUAAAAAACGGAAAACAAGCAUACGCUGAAUAGCCCCAUAAUGAUGUUCUACUGCGAUCCCACGUGAAACCCCCGCCGCGGCCUCGAUUUUUCGAAGUAGUUGUACUUCCCAAUUUACGUGAAGUGUGAGAUUGUCAGACUUCUGCGGCAUGUCUAUUUUCAUUCAGGUCAGACGUGAUGACAAGAGAUAUGUUGCCACUGUUUCCGUGGAAGACAAGAAAUUCCGUUCCGGAGUGGGACAACCUAAUGUUAGGAUGGCGGAGCAAGUAGCUGCGCUUGCUGCUCUUCAUGGAAUGAAUAUCAGGUGCCGCUUGGAUGGAAACUGGGAAGAGGAAUAA